AUGUUAUCACAGAAUAAUUUUAAAUAUUUAUUAAGUCAAAUGCCAAAGAGUACUUACUACUUAACUAUAUAGUAAGUGGUUAGAUGUUAGUUAGUAUACCGCAUAUAAUAAUAUUACUCUAUGGUAUACCGAUUACCGGGUAAUAUUAGUUAGGGUUUUGGGUACUUUUCUCGAAAUCAUGGUUAAAAAUUAAAACACUUAAAACUUAAAAUAUUAAAUAAAUAGUAAAUACUAGUGUUGUUCGAGUACUCGACUUUGGGAAAAAUUUUCGAGUCGAGUACUUGAACUCGACUCGACUCGACUAAAAAAAUUUUGUAUUCGUAAAUACGAGUACUCGACUUGAACCAAAUACUCGAAUUGAAUCGAGUACUUGUUUCAGUGUUUCACUAUAUAGUAUAAUUAUGUAAAAAUAAUUAUUAAAUGUUGAAACUAUAAAUAACUGAGAGAACCCAAAUACGAGUAUUCGCGAUAAGAAUUCUAGGAUGGUUGAUGGUUUAAACUUUAUAUUAUAGUAACUAUAGUAACCUAAAUAUCAAUUGCUGCAUGUAUGAAAGAUCGCUGAGAACGGAUAUACCGACUUGGGUGAUUUUUUUUUUAAUAUUCUGGAAUUGUCUAAUACUCGACUCUUUUUUCGAGUACUCGACAUUUUUCGAGUACUCGAAUUUUGAACUCGACUCGACUCGAUGUAAUUGAAACUCGAUUCGACUCGACUUGACUUCAAAAAAACCAAUACUCGCCCAACACUAGUAAAUACUAAAUAGUUUGUUAAUUGUUUGUGUUUAGUUUUACUGUUUAUGCUAUAAUAAAUAAAAUAACUCUUAAAAUUUUAAAUUGUAAUUAUUAAUUACUAAUUAAUAAUAUAAGAAUUGAGUAGAAUAGCGAAAUACUUGUAAUCAUGGAUAUGGAAAGCAAUGAGAAAUGUAAGCUUUUACUUGCUCGUGGCACAGGGCAUAAGAAUAUGGACGACGGCAUUUUUAAAAAAUUCGACGAUAGAUUUAAAAUCUAUAGACGAGUUGGACCUUUUGAAAUUUUUGAAAAAUCUGACAAACCAAGGGUUAAAACUUUUUUUUGCAAUGUGGAUGGUUGUGCUACAGUUUUCACAUCAAUGACUGAUUACGAUUUACAUUAUAAUUCAAAUCAUCGUUAUACUUGCUCUUACUGUCGUAAAUUAUUACAAUCUGCACAUCUCUUAGAUUUACAUUUGAGUGAAGUACAUGACAACUUUUUUAAAGCCUGCUCUGCUAAAAAACCUAUGUUUAAAUGUUUCGUUGAAACAUGUAAUACACUGUUUUGGAAUCCUGAAGAACGAAAUCUUCAUUGCAUAGACAUUCAUCAAAUUUCAAAAAGUUUCUUGCAGCAUUAUGGAAAUAAGAAAAAUCAGAAACAAAACAAGAAAAUAAAAUAUACUGAACCUCCAAAUUUAGAUGAAAUGUUUAGUUCAAACAUGACUAUGGAUUAAUUAAAAAAAAAAAAACUUAAACAAAUGUUAUCUAUGAAAUAAUGU